GUGACUCAACACACAGACCAUGUCGUACAGAUCGCCCUAUGCCCGCUCCCGACAGAAGUCGUGUAAUGCAUGCGUCGAGGGCAAACGACGCUGCAGCCGCCAAACUCCGCAAUGUUCGCGGUGCCUUACCCAGGGCCUGGAAUGUGUUUACGUCAAUAGGCGGCGGACUCCACAAAAGCACCCAAAAGAUCUUUCGCGAGUGGAGCCUGAACCGUCCCACGUUUUCGAUGACAUACUAUCUCUUUGGCCGCUAAAUGUCUCUCUAUCCGACGGGGCGAGCCUCCCCACCUCAUGGUUUACUGUGGGACCUUCUCUGCCCACUGUUCUACCAAUAUCCCCGGCUAGCUUCUUCCCAGAAACCACUGUCCUAGACCGGUGGUCAAUCACUCAGCUUUUGCGGAGCAUCAAAGGCUACCCGCAGAUGUUUGCUAGCUCUCGAAAGACCCCCUUCAUUCAUCACCGCCUCUACGAUGCAUAUUUGCCCGAUGCUAUUCAAGAUGCCUUUACAGUCUCAACAGCCUACCGUGCUAAGACCCCAGAAACGGAGGAUAUGGUAUUCCGCAUUCUGGAAAGUAAGGCUGCAAGCCUCGUGAAACAGGACCAUCAAACAAGCACUCUGCAAACGCUCCUCGCAGCAGUGCAGGCGCUAAUGCUAUUCCAUAUCAUCCAGCUCUUUGACGGUGACGUCCGGCAGCGCUCCGUCGCAGAACAGAAUAUGAAUACAUUGCGACUUUGGAGCCUCCAGUUGCAGGCCCAGGCCAGAGAUCUGCCCCCCGCACUCACAUGGCAGGACUGGAUCAUUGCCGAGAGUGCUCGGAGAACGGUCAUCCUUUUCAUGAUGAUGGAGAGCUUAUAUUCGGUGCUGAAAACCGGACUUUGUUCGAAUGUCAGAGCGCUGAGUAUGCUGCCCUUCACGUCUGGAACUGUUCUUUGGGACGUCCGUACCAGUGCUUCGUGGUUGGUCGAGUCGGAUCACUUGGGAAAGGACACCGUGCUCUAUGGUGAUUUUGCAAGGGCUUGGCAGGAGGGCCAAGUCCCUGGGCAAUUGGAUGGGUUUCAGAAACUCUUGCUUAUUCCAUGUAUGGGUGAGAGACAUAGAGAAGUGCUGGAGCUAGAUGCUUGAGUGGUUUCCUUAGUGCUUUUACUACGUGGACGGUCUGCCUCCCGUCUCAGUUCAAUUCAAUCAGUACUAGUUACGUGUCGCCUCCCCCCGAACUAAGCAAACAUGGAUUGAUUGAUUGUGUCGUUCUCUCGUCGGUCAGCUUGCGGAGUGGUUUAGAUCGAUAAAUAUUAGAGUACGUGGAAGAAAGGGACGGUGGUAGUGUAUUGUAAUGCUCAGGUAUAGAUAUUCAGCGUAAUACUCAUUGUUGGCGUAGCUUUGGUCGUCAGUUGAAAUAUCGCCGCUGUAAGUUACUGGCAGAAAUGCGGACAUAAAC